AUGCAAACCGCGUCAACGAGUAGCUCCAAUCCAGCACCUUCCGUACACCGGGAUUCUCCCAUAGCUUCGGCCGAUCGAUCGUUUGCUACUUCCCCAUACGCAGACCUCUUCAAAGGCAAGUCAUCAGCACCUGAUUGCGGCAGUUUACAGUUGACUCAAUCGAGUACCAACUAUGUCAACAGCGCUCAUUGGGCCGCCGUUCUUGAUGGGAUUGCCGACCUGAAAAUUCAUCUCGACGAGGAAGGCGAAGUGCAAGAUGAUACUCCGCUGGAUGAAUUCUCUGUUGCUGAGAGGGGCGGUCCUCAGCUCCUCUAUGGGUGUACGAGACCUGUGACUAAGGAAGAAAUUCUGGCGACGAUUCCAGAGCGGCCGGUUGUCGAUCGAUUGAUUUCAGGCUAUUUCAACUCAUUCGAUAUGUCACCAGGAGAGUAUGCCAAAGGGGGCCCAUAUGUGCUCGAGACGCUCAUGUUGUACAUUGCCGUGGAGGUAUUCCUCCGGAGUGACGCCGAACUCGGGGUAUGGAUCCUCCUGGGAACGAUAGUACAGCUGGCAAUGCAUAUGGGCUACCACAGGGACCCGUAUCACUUCCCCAGCAUGUCUCCCUUCAUAGCGGAGAUGCGCAAGCGUGUCUGGGCUACGGUUGUCGAGCUUGACAUUGGACUCUCUACUCAAAUGGGCCUUCCUCGACUGAUCAAGCAUUGGCAAACUGACACAGGAGGACCGUCGAACCUUCACGACAACGACUUUGAUCCAGACACGGCUGCUAUGCCGGCUUCGCGACCCGAGACCGAACUCACCCCCAUGCUCUACCGCCUUGCCAAGGCAAGAAUGAUGACAACAAUCGGCUUCGUGUGGGAUCUCGUGACUGACACAAGGCAAUGUCCUUACACAGAGAUAAUGAAGAUGGAUAACAUGCUUCAAGAUGCGCAUAGCGCAAUUCCACCAUGUCUCCGGUGGGUUUCUAUGGCCCACUGCAUUAUGGAUUCACCGCAGGUGAUCAUGCAAAAGGUGUUCUUGGAGAUUAUGUUUCACCGUGCGCGAAUUGUGUUGCACCAGAGAUACCUGCAUAGCUGGCAAGCAGACACGCAGAACGGCUACUCCCAGCAGGCGUGUCUAGAUGCGGCGCUCAAACUUCUCGACUACCAGCACGUUCUCCAAGAAGAAACGCAACCGUUCUGCCGAUUGUAUCAGGAGCGAUGGCGGGUCUCUUCUCUGGUUAACCAUGAUUUUCUACUCGCCACUAGCAUCCUGUGCUCCUACCUACAGCGAGCUCAUCCCCAAAGUAAAGCAGGUGCAGGCGCCGUCGCCGAGGCGACCAUCUGGACGUCACUUCAAAAAACAUACGACAUUUGGGUCCAUUCUAGCAGCUCUUCGAAGGAGGCACAGAAGGCAGCGAGAGCUUUGAAGGUCAUUCUCGGGAAUCGCAACUGUAUCAAUAUCGGCAAAUCAAAUGAUGAGACAAACUCAUUGCUUUCGCACAUUCCGCUGGCAUCAUUUCACAAUCAUUCCAUCUGUCCGGAUCCGCAAGGUAACUGCGGAAGACAUACCUUCCAAACUUUACCCUAG